GUCCGUGGAGAAAGGAGGCCCCUGGUGGUGGUUGUUUAUAAGAAACCCCGUAGUGAAUCGCUUUUCGUUUAAUGCAACAUAAAUCCAAAAUGGCAGGAGCUGAUGGAGACGAUUCUCUCUACCCCAUCGCGGUUCUCAUUGAUGAGCUUCGUAAUGAGGAUGUGCAGUUGCGACUGAACAGUAUCAAAAAGCUGUCUACCAUCGCAUUGGCCCUUGGAGUGGAGAGGACCCGCACUGAACUCCUCCCCUUCCUCACAGACACCAUCUAUGAUGAGGAUGAGGUGCUUCUUGCCUUGGCUGAGCAGCUGGGCAACUUCACCAUGCUGGUGGGAGGCCCUGAAUAUGUUCACUGUCUGCUGCCACCGCUGGAAAGCCUGGCUACUGUGGAGGAAACGGUGGUGCGAGACAAGGCUGUGGAGUCUCUGCGUAAGAUCUCCCAGGAGCACUCUCCUGUGGACCUGGAGGUGCACUUUGAGCCCCUGGUGAAGAGGCUGGCCAGUGGUGACUGGUUCACCUCCCGCACCUCUGCCUGUGGCCUGUUCAGCGUCUGCUACCCCCGCGUGUCCAGCACCGUCAAGGCUGAAAUUCGCCAGCAUUUCCGCACUCUGUGCUCCGAUGACACUCCCAUGGUACGUCGCGCCGCAGCCUCCAAGCUUGGGGAAUUUGCCAAGGUUCUGGAGCUGGACUAUGUCAAGAGUGACAUCAUCUCGCUCUUCACUGCACUGGCCUCCGAUGAGCAGGACUCAGUGCGCCUGCUGGCUGUGGAAGCCUGUGUGAGCAUCGCCACACUGCUGCCCCAGGAGGACCUGGAGACGCUGGUGAUGCCCACCCUGCGCCAAGCCGCUGAGGACAAGUCCUGGAGGGUCCGCUACAUGGUGGCUGACAAGUUCUCUGAGCUCCAGAAAGCGGUGGGCCCAGAGAUCACCAAGAACGACCUGGUCCCAGCCUUCCAGAACCUGCUAAAGGAUUGCGAGGCUGAGGUCCGAGCCGCCGCUGCCAACAAGGUCAAGGAGUUCUGUGAGAAUCUUCCAGAAGACAGCAGAGAGACCAUUAUCAUGACUCACAUUCUGCCCUGUGUCAAGGAACUGGUGUCUGACACCAACCAGCAUGUGAAAUCUGCCCUGGCCUCUGUCAUCAUGGGCUUGUCCACUAUCCUGGGCAAAGACAACACAGUGGAGCACCUGCUGCCUCUGUUCCUGGCCCAGCUCAAGGACGAGUGCCCUGAGGUGCGCCUCAACAUCAUCUCCAACCUGGACUGUGUCAACGAGGUGAUCGGCAUCCGCCAGCUCUCCCAGUCGCUGCUGCCUGCUAUCGUGGAGCUGGCUGAGGACGCCAAGUGGAGGGUCCGCCUGGCCAUCAUCGAGUAUAUGCCCCUGUUGGCCGGACAGCUGGGAGUGGAGUUCUUUGACGAGAAGCUGAACACCCUCUGCAUGGCAUGGCUCAUUGACCACGUAUACGCUAUCCGCGAGGCAGCCACCUGUAACCUUAUGAAGCUGGUGGAGAAGUUUGGAGCCGAGUGGGCCCAGAACACCAUCGUGCCCAAGGUGCUGGGCAUGGCCAACGACCCCAACUACCUGCACAGGAUGACCACGCUCUUCUGCAUCAACGCUCUGUCUGAGGUCUGUGGCCAGGACAUCACCACUAAGCAGAUGCUGCCUGUGGUCCUCAAGAUGUCCAACGACCAGGUGGCCAACGUGCGCUUCAAUGUGGCCAAGUCCCUCCAGAAGAUCGGCCCCGUCCUUGACAGCAAUGCUCUGCAGACAGAGGUGAAACCAGUCCUGGAGAAACUAGACACAGACACAGAUAUGGAUGUUAAGUACUUUGCCCAGGAAGCUAUAAGCGUUCUGGCCCUGGCAUAAACCAACCCAAGCUUGGCUAUCCAGAUGAAACAACAACCCAAGAUGUCGUGACAUUGCAAACACUUCACAAUAUAUUUAUUGAUGUUCAAGAGCAACUGGUGAUGUACGGAGACUUAACGGAGCCUAUUAACACCUAUUUGUCUGUUUUUUUCUUUACUCUCAGAGAUAAUAAAAUGUUCAGGAAAAGCACAGGCUUCUAAUUUCCCCUCGCUGUAACUCUUUUGCUUCUCCAAGUGUGAUGAAACAUGCAUUUAAGCAUUGCAUGCUGACCACUGUGCAUAAGUAGCAUUGCUGGUUUGACCCACACAUUCCUCUACUACAUACAUAGCCACCGACUAUAACGUUGCUAUUAGCACGGCCCCAUUCGCUGCCACAUUUCUCUGUACGAAACACCCAGAACACGCGAGCCAGCUCUUGGUUGCAUGUCCAAGUGCUAGACAGAUGCUAUUGCUGCAGCAGAUGGUGAGGAAGGCUGUUUUAUUUGCUCGUGAAGAACUGCUAGGCUAAGGCACCCGCAUAUUUUGUUUACAUGUGCUGCCCCCCCCCCCCUCCCUCGGAUGUUCCUCAUGUAUUCAUAAAAGCAGUUUGCGCAACACCCCAUCCUCGCUUUCUGUCCUGCGCAGGUGUUCUGUGUGUGUGCAAUGAAUUACAAUUGAAUUUGUCUGAGAAAUGAGUAAUACACACCGUGUUCUAUCGAAAUGUGAAGGGUUACUUCGGGAUUUUUGGCAAUUGCCCUUUAUCUACUUCCCCAGAGUUAGAUGAGCUUGGGGCUACCAUUUUUAUGUCUCGAUUGUCUAGUACAAAGGAAGUUAGAGGUAGUUUCGUGAGCAUUCGUUAACUAACGCUAGUUAGCAAUUUAGCCUGUAGUAGUUAGUAACUUCCUUCAAACUGCAUGCAGAGCCAUAAAUAUGGUAUCCACAUGUUCAUCUGACUGGGGAAGUAGAUAGGGGGACCUCAUUGCCCAAAUCAUGAAGUGUCCCAUUAGUAAUGGGGACCACCACCACCCAUCAUUUGAUUUGUUAUUAUAGAUUUGUUUAUGUAUUCAGUUCAUCACUGGUGUUAUUUCUUUUUCUGAGUCAUUUGACACGGGGGGAGGGGGGGGCAUUGGGUGUAAUUGUUCAAUCUCUCUUGCUCUUAAUCUUUGUGCCAAUUACCGAUGAGCAAUGUUGUUUUUUUUAGUAAGCUUUCAUAAGGUUUAGCUCUUGAUUGCCCUAAUUUUAUGUCGUAAUGAUGUUUUGUGUUCUCUAAAGACAAGGCAUCACUCCUCACGGGUUGUCAUUCAGUCAGUUGAACAAGGCUGACCACUGAGGCUAAAAGGACGGGGAGUACUGAGAAUAGCAGGGCUCUGUGUGUGGGUGGUUGUAUAAUAUGGGAUGGGAAGGGUGUGUGUGAAUGAUUUGGUUGAAUACAGUCAAAAGAAACUUGUCUUUCUCUCCUGUCUUUCCCUCCUGUCUGUCUCCCCAUUUUCUCAUCGGUCUCUUAAAUAAACAAACCUUGAUUGGCCCAUAACAUUA